AAAAUUGUAUGUACUUAUUUACAUACCCAAAUCAAGGUCUGGGUUGUGUAUAAAGGCAAACACAGCUCACAGUUGCCUCAGACUCACAACAGCAAUAUAUCACACCACAAAAGGGGGUCAACAGGGUUAACUGGACCACGCUACUCUCAAACCUAGAACACUUAAGGAGUAUCUGACUGUACUGUCUUCUUUAGUCUCAACCUUUAUCUCCGUCUUCAGCAUGAAGCUUCUGCAUCUGCUGGUCUGCUGUUUGGCUCUCUGGGCCCCCUCACUCACUCAGACUAGCGGCAUGGGUGAGAGCACAGUUGCAGCAACAACCCCAACCACAACACCUGCAGAUACUGGAAAGACAACCAUGGAGACCGCCACAAACGUUUCUGUGACGACCACCUCAGAAACACCUCCAUCAACAACAACAACAACAACAACAACAACUACAGCUGAACCCACAACAGAAACAACACCCAAGGUAACCACCACAGGUGCACCGAUGACAACAAAAACAAUCCCAACCACUACGACCACCACCACAUCCGCAGCAACAACCAAAGUGACCACCACAGAUGCAUCUACAGCACACCCAACCAAAGCAAGCACUACAGCAGAAGAGACUACCACAUCAGCAUCAACUACAGCUGAACCCACAACAGAAACAACACCCAAGGUAACCACCACAGGUGCACCGACAACAACAAAAACAAUCCCAACCACUCCGACCACCACCACACCCGCAGCAACAACCAAAGUGACCACCACAGAUGCAUCUACAGCACACCCAACCAAAGCAAGCACUACAGCAGAAGAGACUACCACAUCAGCAUCAACUACAGUUGAACCCACCACAAAAACAACACCCAAGCUAACCACCACAGGUGCACCGACAACAACAAAAACAAUCCCAUCCACUCCAACCACCACCACACCCGCAGCAACAACCAAAGUGACCACCACAGAUGCAUCUACAGCACACCCAACCAAAGCAAGCACUACAGCAGAAGAGACUACCACAUCAGCAUCAACUACAGUUGAACCCACCACAAAAACAACCCCCAAGACUAGCAGCAUGGGUGAGAGCACAGUUGCAGCAACAUCCCCAACCACAACACCUGCAGCUACUGAAGAGACAACCAUGGAGACCGCCACAAGCGUUUCUGUGACGACCACCUCAGAAACACCUCCAUCAACAACAACAACAACAACAACUACAGUUGAACCCACCACAAAAACAACACCCAAGGUAACCACCACAGGUGCACCGACAACAACAAAAACAAUCCCAACCACUUCGACCACCACCACACCCGCAGCAACAACCACAGUGACCACUACAAGCACUACAGCAGAAGAGACUACCACAUCAGCAAUCAUGUCUACUUCCACCUCUGCAACAACAACCACAACAACAACAACCACAACUGCAGCCACAACUGCAGCCACAACUGCAACCACAACUGCAACCACAACUGCAGCCACAACUCUAACCACCCCAGCAGGCGCCUCAGGAAUCAGCGCCACCUUGCUGAGCUGCACACUGCCCAUUCUGUUUCUUUUGUUGUGGCAGUGAGUUAUGGUUUUAUUAAAGUUACACGUGGCCUCCAGAAAGUGCACAGACUUCAUUGAACCAGGUGCCUCAAAAUGAUCAGAGUUGAAAAAUGGCAGUUAUGGCAGGGAGUGCCUCCAUGUGGCCUGAAAAUAGAACUUACAGUGAAUUAACUAACAUAUCACCCAAAGGAUAUAUAUAUAUGCAUUUAUUCAUCAAAAUUGUUUGCCAUAAUUUUCCUACUUUCUCUUCAUAUCCAUACCUUCAUGUAUAUAUAUAUAUAUAUAUAUAUCAAUAAAUAUAUACGCGCAUGAUGUAUUAUAUAUCUUCAUCCUGGGAAAAUUCUGUAAAUUGUCCUUGAUGUUAUUUUCUGCUCAAAAUAGGGUAACAUUUCUUCUUUAACACAAGAAAUGUCAUCAUUUUAAGUCAUUACUACAUUUUCUAUGCACUGAAAAAUACAUCAGAUGUGAUUUCAUGGUUGUGGAUUUAUUUUACUUUUCUGAAAAACAAUUAUUCUGUUACAUUGUGUUCAUUAUUCUAAGUUAAACAAUCUCUAUUUUGUGUCCUGUUUCUUUCCACAAGCAAAAACUAGAUUUCACAGCACUUAGUUUCAGUAUGUCUAACAGGAUACAUGAAUACAAUUAUUACUACUGUCUUGUUUGAAUGUUCGUUUAUGCAUAAACCAUUUCUUUAUGAAUACCAAAA